CAGUACACCUGAUAGUCUUGCAAAUGACCCCUAUACACGAAUACUGUAUGAGAAAGCUCUAGAAGAAGGCACCGAGGAAGACAACAGCAUCAGAGUCAUGGUAAUCGGAUGUUACGGACAAGGUAAGACGUCUUUAGUCAGAAGAUUAGUUCAACAGCCUCUGAAAGAUGUAAUGACGACAAAUGGGAUAGAGGUUCAAAGAUGUAAAUGCAGUAAGGAUGGUGCAUGGGAAGCACAGAUAUCGGAGGACCUUGAAGUUGAGAGUUCUAAACGUUUAGCUUACGUCGCAAAAUCCUCUGAAGGAAGAAUAAACGAAGGAACUGGCGUGAAGCCUGAUUUUGUUCCGCUGGCGACUUACAACACAAAGGUCAAGGAGAAUACAGCUGUAACAUUAUCAACAACCACAGUAGAAGAAAACUUAAAGAGUAAUAUAAACAGAAAUAAUGCAAAGAGUAAUAAAAACAGAAAUUAUCCAGUUAACACUGAUACUAAAAAAGAGGUGACAGACGAAAUUUUAAAAGCUGAUCAAAGCGAUACGUUUAUGGAUCAAGAGAAUUAUUUAACAAACUUAAAAACAUUUAGUGCGGAAUUAAAAAGACAUAGACAGACAUCAAACGCGUCAACAGAAAGUGACAUUUCUUUAAAUAUUUGGGACUUUGGUGGUCAGUUUGUGUACUACGCAACUCAUCAGGUGUUUCUCUCUACGAAGUCUGUUUACAUUCUAGUUUUUAACAUAGCAGAAGGUUUGGAUAAAACGAUAAGCGAUCCUGAUUUCCCGCGAAGGUCAUGCAAAAUGACAAUGAGAGAUUAUAUAAGGUUUUGGGUUACUUCUGUGCAUUCGUUCGUUGGCGCCGAGGAUGGGACGGAGCCAACAAUUAUCAUGGUAGGCACGCAUAAAGAUGAAAUAAAGGAAGGAAUCAAUACUGAUGAUAUAUUCGAGGAUAUUAGGAAAAUGUUUGAUGAUACUUCGGCUAUAAAUCACUUCCAUCCAGAUCAGUUUGUAGUUUCAAACACGUCUUUGACAGAUGAAAGUAUAGAUAUACUGCGAAAAACUAUACUAGAUGUUGGAAGGGGGCAGGAAAAUAAGGUUGCAGUACCUGCAAAAUGGAUACUGCUUGAAAAGGAGUUGAAAAAAAUUCGAAGCAAGAAAAUAGUCACAUUGGAGGAAGUGCUAGAAAUAGAUCGCAGAAACUAUUCUCGAGUCCAGACAGAAACCCAAGAUGCAAAGAAUGACCAAAUACGGCUCUUCCUGAGAUACCAUCAUGCUCUGGGAUCAUUUUGCUACUUUCAUGAUAGAAAUUUGUCUGAAUAUAUUGUCGUGGAUCCACAAUUUUUAAUUGAUGCUUUUAGCUGUAUCGUCACAUCAGAGCAGUUCUGCAGAGUUCGUCCCAAAUUAAGGAAAAAGUGGCGAAAACUUUGUGAAACUGCUAUACUGGAACCGGAGUUGCUGGAGGAAGUGUGGCGCAAAAACUCGAGGGAAGAAUUCCAUAAGUUCAAGAAACUGCUAACAGAGUUUUUACAAAAGCACCGGAUAAUCUCAGAAGUGUUAAAAUAUGAUGAAGAAGGUGCAACUUCGCCACAACCACUCGGAUUUUACAUAGUACCUAGCUUUCUUAAGGUAUCUGCAAGUGACGAGACUGUUGGAGAUUUCUUGGAUGGUAAACCAACAGCGAAAGUGUCUUUGGGAUACAUUUUUGAAAAUGAAGCACUUACACCCACGCUGUAUCAAAAACUUUUAGCAGCUGUUGUUGGUAGAUGGCCUCUGUUGAAGUUUACAGGACAGUAUAUUUUGUUCAACGAUAUGGUUGCAUGUGAACUUCAGGCAGAUCAUGCAGGAUUGCUUAUUCAGACUCAAAAUAAGCUUGAACUGCUUAUAGUAAAUCUUUUACCUGUAAAUGCUAUAAGGCCGGAUGUCUGUGAUAUGUUCAGAAGAUACGUAGAAAUGGUGAUAGAGCAUGAGUUUUGCAGAUUCCGCGGCCAUGAAGAACAUGCAAGCCAAAGAGUCUUUACGAAGUAUGUACGUUGUUUUCAUAAACUACACGGGUCUAAGGGGAGUGAAGACAUACUGAAAUUAACCGACAUACUAUCACAGUCCGACAGGCAUUUUCCAUGUCCUGACAGAGCGAGCCAUUCUUUAGAAAUGAACCUCAUUUGUCAGCAGUGGUACCGGCACGAAGUCACAAUUGGUGAUAUCCCUAAACGGCGACUAACGGAAAAACAAUACAGUGCACUUUCAAUGGGCAUCGGACAGGGUUGGCAACAAAUAGGCCGUCAGUUGGGCCUCAGAGAUAUAUCUCUUGAGCAAAUAGAUAUGGACUAUAAGUCAACAGAUAUGAAAAUAUUUUAUAUGUUCUUGAAAUGGGACUCAAUUGAACUAGACAAAGCAACGCUUGAUGUUUUGGUGAAGGCAGUUCAGGAGUGCCUGCAAAUCACAAGUGUAGACUGGGAUGUAGUGAAAAAUAUUGUCGAUGGAUUUUGAUGGAAGGCUUUCAAAAGACUUUCGUAGCCAAAGACUUGAACUGACACUUAUGUUUCUUACUUGUCAUCUACUUACAGUGUGCUUGAAAAGACUGAACAUUUUACACAUCAUUGAAACCAGUGCCCAAAAGUUGUAAGGUAUAAAGAGAAAUGUAAACAGAAAUAGCAGUGUUGAUAAUGUGGAAAUGGAUAUUUGGAUUUUCAGACAUUCCUGUCGUUUUACUGUUGUUUCUUCUAGAAAACAGGUCCGCGCCAGUUACGAUAGCUAUGUCUAGGUACUUGUUACGUUAACUUAAAAAUGAUAUAUCAGUUAGAUCGGACAUGUCUCCUCGACAAUAGGCGUACUAAAAAUGGAGAGAAAAACAUCUUUAACGACUUCUUUUCAGGAGCCGCUUGAUAGAUCAUCACCAAACUUGGCCUGUUGCUUCCUUUUAAGGUCCUCUCGCAAACUAUUGACUGAUUUUAGGGACCGUCAUAGAUGAAAAUAGAAAACCUUUAAACAACGUUCUCAUGAACCGCUGGAUGGAUCGUCAUUCAGGCUGAAUUUAGUGGGUAAAAGAGAUAAAAUUAGGAUAAAAAUCAAGUAAAUGGCGCUUUCUCAGGAUCUAUGAUGGAAUUUAACCAAACAUGCAUUGUCUAUAGCAUCCUUGUAAGGUCUUCUCUCAAAUGGUCUCGCUUGACUGAUUUUAGGGGCCACCGGAGCUGAAAACGAAAAAAAAAUAACAUCUCCUCACGAACCGUUAGAUAGAUCGAUACCGAACUUUGCCUGUAGCAUUCGUAUACGAUACUCUCUCAAAUUAUUCUCUGUAGCCUAGUGGUAGAGCGUCCGCUUUGAGUGCGGGAGAUCGUGGGUUCGAUUCCCGGCUGCGUCAUACCAAAGACGUAAAAAAAUGGUAGUAGUAGUUUCCUCGCUUGGCGCUCAGCAUUAAGAGGAUAGUGAUAUGACUGGUCAGCCCGGUGUCAGUAUAAUGUGACUGGGUGGGGUAUCAUGCCACAUGUCUACGGCAUGAUACUCCAGUGAGGCAGCACUAUAAAGUUGGGCAUUGUGCUCACUGCUACAAGUUGACACCAUCGUUUAUAUGACUGAAAAAUUGUUGAAAAAGACGUUAUACCCCGAACACACGCGCACACACACACGCACACGCACCGCUUGACUGAUUUUAGGGGAAUUGUUGAGUGAACUCCGUUUUGUCAAUCUUAAACUCCCAUAAGGCUUCAAAUUUUAUAUAGAAAACAGAAGAUAAAGCUGUCCAAAUACAAAUGUAGAUGGUAUGCAAAAUUGCAUGGUUAGAAAAGCACUGCUUGAAAUACUGUAAAUGAACAUAUAUAUUUACAAGUGUAAAGGGAGGUAAUCGAAAACUUUGCAUUAUUUAAUAUUCAAACCUUUGACAAUAUUAAAGAAAACAAUUACUGAAAAUAGGAUUUCACAAAAAAAAUAUAUAUAUAUAUUAUGUUCAUAAUAAAACACGUGGCAGUCACAUGAACAAAGGCAUUAUGACCUAUAAUCCUGUCCAUGUUAUAUCAAUGCAAUUGAAAAGUAAGCUAUCUAUGUUAAAUGCUAUGCAGGGUAACAUAGUUAUGCAUCUAACAGUCCUGAAAUUGUUUUCUUUAAUUUUGUAACAAUGCUAAGUAUUUUCCCAUACUUUGACGCAUAUAUUGAAAGCAGGUAUCGUUCUUUCCAGCGGUAGCUUUUUCAACAUAUUUUACGUUGUGAAAUUAUCAAAAAUUAGGUCAAUAGGCUAGACCAACGGAAAAUAUUGUUAACGCUCUAGUCCACAGUUUAAAUUUGAAACUCAUGAGAAUUGGUCAGAAUGUUUGUCUUGAUGAUUUCUAGGUCAAAUUUGAAUCUGGGUUAUGUGGGGUCAUAAACAAGGUCACCCGGUUAAAUCAAAGGAAAAGUUUGUUUACAAUCUAG